CUCUAGAUGCACAGAGAAAGAUCUCGUUCCCGCGAGGGAAGCUCGGAUCAAACCAGAGGCUCUCCUCCUUUUCUCCUCCAACCCAACAAAAAGCAACCAACAAAAUCAAUUUUCUUUUCGAAUUCUCUUCCAUUUCUCCUUUCGUUUUCGCUUCUCAUUUGAAUCUUGUUUUCAGAAAUUGUGUCUCCUUCUGGUGCUGCGUUGAUUUUGAGGCGAAAAACACAGGAAACAAUGGAAGCGGCCAUGGGAUUGAUGAGGAGAAUGCCUCCAAGGCACUCCGAAACAGCGCUUUCGGCUCUUCUCACUCUCUUGCCUCAUCACUCUUCCGAUCUACUGUCUCAGGUUGACCAGCCUCUUCAGGCUUUAUGCGAUGUGGAUAAUGGGAAGGAAUUUAUUUUGUGCGAGUACAACAGAGAUGCAGAUUCAUACAGAUCACCAUGGUCAAACAAAUACCAUCCACCAUUGGAAGAUGGAUCGAUGCCAUCCAUAGAGAUGAGGAAACUUGAGAUUGAAGCAAAUGAAGUAUUCACAAUCUAUCGUGACCAGUAUUAUGAAGGUGGCAUUUCAUCUGUGUAUAUGUGGGAAGAUGACGAAGAAAGUUUCGUUGGCUGUUUUUUGAUAAAGAAAGAUGGCUCAAAGACUGGUCAUGGUCGAAGGGGAUUUCUACAGGAAGGAGCAUGGGAUGCUAUUCAUGUUAUUGAGGUGAGGCUCGAAGAUGAGGGUACAGCUAGCUAUUGUUUAACGAGUACAGUCAUGCUGUCGUUGACAACCGAUAACAAUACAGCCGGGACUUUUAGCUUGUCUGGUUCAAUUAGAAGACAGAUGAAGAUGAAGCUCUCAGUUGCCGAAGGCCAUCUCUGUAACAUGGGUCGAAUGAUUGAAGAAAUGGAAAGCAAGCUGAGGAAUUCACUAGAUCAGGUCUAUUUUGGGAAAACAAAAGAGAUGGUUUGCACCUUGCGGCCACCCUCAGAAGUGGGGCAUAUGAAAUUACCCGAAAAGUGACCACUGGAUCAUACAGAACUGAAUGGCUUAGCGGGUGGAUUAGUUGUAAGUCGUUUUUCAUGCUCUUCUGUAACAAUGUGGUUU